UUCACACCAAAUCUCAUCCACAAAUCUUUUCCCAAUAACGUUUGUUUAGUUUAACCACAACAAUUCACAACUACGGUAGAUUUUUUAAUUUACAUUUUUUAAUAACUUUAUGUGAUUAAUAAUGGUUAAUUUCCAUUUUUAGCCCUGACACCAGCACAACCCUCGGUUUUCCUUAUCUUCUCCAUCCGCGUCUCUCUCAAUCAUUUUCAGAACAUCCGCCAUUGAAAUCCAACCAUGAGUCGAUCCAGCAAAUUUGAUAUCAUUGAUUACUACUUAUCUGAAUCAUCCACUAUUUUCCCCCCAUUUCCAAAACCCUUUGCGCUCCUAAACCCUACUUUCCCCUUUGAAGCCACCACUGAGCUUGAUCUAGCACUUGAACUCUUAAACCCUACUCUCCCCUCACUUGAUCUCAUGUCUCCAUUUGAUGACAUCGACACCAUCACCGAUCUGAUUCACGUCGAGAGGAGGACGCCAUUCGGCACCUCUACAGCUCGGAAGAUCAUCACCAGGCGCCGAUCCACAACAGCGGAAUUGUACCUUAAGUCACUUUCCGACCGCGUCUCUGCUCUCGAGCAAGGGUUUGAUCUGGCGAACGACGAGAAGGCGAAGUCCGAUCGGAAGUACACUUGGACGGCGGAGAUCAAUUCCGAGAAGGACGGUUUAGAUCGGAAGUUCAAGUUGACAACAGAGAUCAAAGGUGGGAAGAAAAAGGAGAAGACCAGUAAAUGGACGGCUGAGAUUAAAAGGAAGGGAGAAGAUGCACGCAAGUACACUUUCACCGCGUCAACUGCCAAUGCUGCCAUUGAAGAUGAUAGUGGAUCAGAGAAGAAAGAGAAAGACAAGAACAAGAACAAGAAGAAAGAUAAGAAGAAAGAGAAAGGACCUCGUAUCGUAGAAAUCCAAGGUUCACCUGAUCAUGGCGCUCUUCUCAUGAAAAAGGCAUUUGGCAGAGCAUUGGAGAGGAACAAAGGGAAGAAGAAGGAGUUAUCACCUCAAGAUGCCGCCAUGUUUAUUCAGAUGACUUUCCGAGCAUAUCUGAUAAAGAGAUCCCAGACUCUCCGUGCUCUACGUGAGUUAGCUGUUGCAAAGGGAAAGCUUAAGGAACUCAGGACUCUGUUCAACAAUUUCUCAUACCGUCGCCGGGUGGCUGUCGAUGCAGAGGAGAGGCAGAAGUUCUCUGAGAAGGUCAUUGUGCUGCUUCUUACUGUUGACGCCAUUGAGGGGGCUGAUAUCAUGGUUAGGGCUGCAAAAAGGUCGAUGGUGGAUGAGCUGGAAGCAAUGCUGGAUGUGGUGGAUCCGCAGCCAGGAGGUGGUGGUGGUGGGCGAUCACUGUCCAUGAAGAGGAGGACAUUCGACAUGCCAGAUGGUGUGAUCCAGAAGGAAAUAGCACAAGGUGUGGCUGAGGUUGUACGAAUGCUCGGACAAGAAGAAGAGUGAUUGAUUGGUUUUGAAACCUAUGAAGCUUCUAUGGAAGUCCAUGUCCUUCGAUGAUGUCAUGGUAAUGAAAGACAUGCUGAUGCUGAGUUACUGUGUUAAUGUAAGACAUGCUGAGGUUGUAAGGGACAACUGUAGUUUCAUCUUUGUGUGUUGUUGUGUUGUGUUGUGUUGUGUGUGUCUUAUGCUUCCAUUUUAUGGGAAGCACGUAUUAUUUUGUAAGGUUUGGCUAGUCUAAUAUUGUUGAAUCUUGUAACCAACAAUUGAUAGAUGCUUACUUGGUUGCUUUUCUUUUCUUUUAAAA